GAAAGUGUAUUUUGUUGGUAGAUUGUAUUUAUCGUUGACAAGUCAGUAUAGUAACAUUAUGAUAAUAAAUAAGGAUAACAGAUGCUAUACACUGUAAUAAUAUAACAUCACACUGCAGAUAGAAUGUAAUGAUAGCUGUCUUGUUUUGGUUGAAAGCUAUUUGCAUUAGUUUUGCCUGACUUCUUUCCGUCAGAGGCCGGUAAAACAUGCACAAUGACACCGCUGAUACAACGCUCACGAACAUUUCCUGCAGCAUCUCAUAAUCCAGACCAAACUCACUCGGAAAGUGGAUACAUUUUCCCCGCUUGCUCUACGAGACCUAACCAUUUCCUGAAGUUCUUUUCAGCCAAACAUUAGCUACAGGAAAUCAGUUCCAGAUCCACCUCCAGCCUACCAUGUCUGAACCAGGUUGUGGUGUUCCAGCCCAGAGAAGCUCACAGCGGGGUCCAGAGUUGCUGUCAGUGAAGCUGGGGGACUGCAAUCAAACAGUGGAACUCAAUGUGAUUGUCAAAGACGAGGAGGAGGAGAGAGAAAUCAAUGAGGGGGAGGCGGAAGCGCGAGAGGAGGACAGGGACUCUGUUCACUCAGGAGAGAUCCCCAACCCAGACUCAGUCAAUGAGCCCACUUCCACAGAAUCAAUACUACCACCUGGUUGUGGGAGUUACCCCUGUCCUCAAUGUGAGAAGAGUUUCAGUUCCUCAACUAACCUGAAGAAUCAUCAAAGAGUACACACUGGAGAAAAACCUUUUGACUGCUCAGCAUGUGGGAAGAGUUUCAGUGAGAAAGUAAACCUUAAGAGACACGAGAGAGUACAUAGUGGAGAGAAGCCUUACCACUGCACCCAAUGUGGGAAGAGCUUCAAUCAUUCUGGAAGCCUUAAGGAACAUGAGAGAAUACAUACAGGGGAGAAGCCUUACCACUGCUCUCUGUGUGGAAAGAGUUUUCGUGUCGCAGGAGGCCUAAAGAAUCAUCAGAGAUCACACAGUGGAGAGAAGCCUUAUCACUGCACUCAGUGUGGGGAGGGAUUCACUCAGCUAAGAAGUCUUAAAAGUCAUGAGAGAAUACCCAUUGGAGGGAAGCCUGCCUGUGCUUUCAAUGUAAUUGUCCAAGAGGAGGAGGGUGAGAGGGACAUCAAUAUGGAGGAAAAGAGAGAAGUUGAGGGAGAGGAGGACAAAAGUGGUGUAGUAGACAGUGCAUGUCAGGGCAAAAACCAAGCCAUGAGGUCGAAGGAAUUGUCCGUAGAGCUCCGAGACAGGAUUGUGUCGAGGCACAGAUCUGGGGAAGGGUACCAAAAAAUUUCUGCAGCAUUGAAGGUCCCCAAGAACACAGUGGCCUCCAUCAUUCUUAAAUGGAAGAAGUUUGGAACCACCAAGACUCUUCCUAGAGCUGGCCGCCCGGCAAAACUGAGCAAUCGGGGAGAAGGGCCUUGGUCAGGGAGGUGACAAGAACGUUAUGGUAACCGUAUUACUGCCACACUGGGGGUCAUGAUGGCAGUCAAAUUCCACGUGACCGUUUAGUCACAGUAAUUAGGCUUCUCCAAGCGCUGAUGCAGCUGAUGGUUAUUAGUAGCCUACCAAACUUGCUUAACUGCCUAGUACUCAGCAUUCUAAUCUCCAAUCACUCUGGGAUCAAUGCAAAUGUAAUCCAAAAGCUAAUCAAACACUUCAUGAUAAUGGUCCAUUCUAAAUCAAAACUAAUUUCACACAGUUAUUAUUUAGUAGAUGUAAAGACAACAUUAAAUCAAGAAUAGUCUGAUAGGUGACUAUUAGCUUGUGAAUGAUAUACUGUCACUUGUGAAUGAUGCACUGUCACUUGUGGAUAAUGCCCAGCUCGUGCAGUAAGGCAAGAAACAGCGUUUGCCUUUUUGUUUGUGUGACUUUUUCAAAUCAUAGUCGCACACCUCAUGAAGCCCAGCCCAUAGGCCUAUAUGUUUUCAUAAGGUUUGUAUCACAACUAAAGUAGCGAAAUAACUUCUUAUAAUUAAGCACAUUAAUUUGCUUUAUAACUGGUGGAGAGCCUAACUGGCAUACAUAGGCUGCCCGUGACUUUCAAGUUUGGGGAAGAUCAUUUUCACCAAUAAAAAUGCACCUUUUUAUAAAAAAGCAUUACAUGCAUAAUGGCAUUUGCUGUCGCUUCGAGAAGUGUUUUCCCGCUAAUUGAUUUCAUUUUUGUAACAUUGGCUCUUAUAGCCUACUGCCGUUUGUGCAUUCCUACGCUCAUAAUGUGGCGAAAUAGCCUAAUAGUUGAACAUUUUUAAGCUAAGCGUUCUGAGCUGUUGCAUCAGCCUCAAGUGGUUGUAUUAAUUUGGGAUCAAUCGCAUCCCACAACUGUCCCAGAGUAUGUUUGGAAUAUUUAUUUCUUGCACAGAAGGACAAAUUGACCAAUAGAAUAGGUCAACUUUUGUACUAUGGGGGAUAGUAGAUUGACAUAGGCAAUUGCUUUUGCUGUUUGUUAGGCCUACUCAUCUUGUUGGUUGACGUAAAGUAGGCUAAAUGUGGACCGUUCUAAGUUCUUCAAUAUGCGCCUCGGAAUUCUAAAAAGAGGGGCUUGCGCAAUUCCGUCCCCCGAUGUAUCGGUCUUCACUUGUAGCCUAGUUCUCAGCUGAAAUUCUUGUGAGAAGGACCAGAUCACGUGACGGGCGUUUGCUAAUAAGAAUUGAGAUAUCCGAGAGAGCCAUGUAAGAGAGGUGCUUCGGCGCACGGCAGCUGGGAGAAGGGAAUUAUAAUUGUUAUAUUCAGCCCAAGGGCACCAUGAUGCAUUACGGCCACACAAGGGGGGACGUCGCCGGGAAAUUCGAGGCUUGAUGAGAAUAUCAAGUGCUUGUCAAAAUUUUGAAUGAGAGACUGAUGAAGUGUGUGCAGCUUGCAACUAUUUUCAAAUCGGCAUUAGAGUCCCAUCAUGCAGGCUUAGAAUGUAUUAAAAAUCAGAACAUAUAUCCCAACGUUUGUAUCACAACUAAACUUGCUUAAGCUGUGUUCAAUUGUAUUCGUCAUACUAUAAAAUAAUUUAAAAAAUAAUGACACGGAAUUCUAAGCAAAUCUUGUCUGCUAAAUGAACUAGUGUAGCCCACAGCCAUAUCAGGACCUAACAUAAGGACAACUUUUACAGAGUAUGGUAUUCUGUUCUUCUGAAAUAGACUACAUUUUAUUCAUAUCAUGUUUCUUUAGACCUGUCUAAAAUAAAUAAUGGAUU